AAGGAGAUGAAUUGCUAUAGCUUAGUAAGUGAAUUCGAGAUGGAAUCAUGCAUAAAAGAUUAUAAAUUAUAAUGUUUAAAUUAGAAGCAAAAAGUACUCGAUAGGAUUAAUGAAUUAAAUUGAGUAUAUAACAAGUAAUGCAUUUCGCCAUAAUCUCUAUGGUAUUGAUAUAAAUCUAAAUUGUUCCAAGCCACUCUCAUUCAGCAGUACUCCCGAGUCCAUCCAUAAAACCAGAGAAAGAAGUCUCGUUCUAAUUCCGAUGGGAUAUCUAAGUCAAUGUUUAGAUUCUAGCCGAUUGUUGAGAAACCAAAGAACAGGUGUGAAACCAUUGAUGUGGUGAUGAGAUCGAAGGAUUCUAUUCCAGAGGAGACCUAUUCCCAAAGAUUGAAGAUAAUAAAUUAGCGAGUAUGUGUUGUUAACACUUUCAAUCGUAUCAUCAAUGUGGAUAGAGUGGGACACCGAAUGCAAAGGAACUAGCUCUUGAGACACUUGAGGGAAUUCUACAGUCAGAUCAUCGUCGAACAAAUAAAUAAAGUUCUAAAGGUGCCAGAUACGUUGACACUGCAGAUGUACGAAUAACUAGUAAUCUCAUUAUAACAAUUGGACAGAAAGCAAUACUUGAAUCUCUGCUUUUAAAUAUACGAUUUAUCAGCACAAGGUGUAAUAACUAGUACAAACUUGCUCUCUAUCCUUUCAAUAGAGAAAAAUACUUCAAUUAUUGAGAAUGACAUUCUAACUAUGAUUAAACUUCGAUCGAGUCUACUUAAGUCAUAGUUGGAUAAGAGUGAAUCAUCCAGGUUACCUAAACUCAGAACCAUCGUAAUCAACCACAAAAGAACUUCCAAGGGCAAACGCUUGAUGAUCUCUCAAGUCGAGGAUGAAGUAGAUCAAAUUGUUAUACAUCCCAUCAAUAGAUUGAAACUCAUUGAUAAAAAUCAGUUUUUCAAGAUCUGGAAUGACCAAAUCCCUGGAAUAAUUUAAGACCUCUUCAAAAACUUGAAUGAUUAUUAUUAUUAAUGA